AUGAGCCCGCAAGGCGUAAACCGCAAAAGACCGGCGCCCGGCACCUCGCCCGCCGUUCACCCGCAAUUGGGCCCGAUCAGUUACCCUUCCAACUCCGGAUCACAGCUCUCGAAUGAUCAGUUUCUGCAAUGGGGGCAAAACCCUGCCUCGAAUGUUGUGAAUCCCUCCUAUCCGGACGCGAACCCUUACAACUCUGCCGCCUAUGCAUCGAACCAAGAUACCCCCGCCGCUGCUGCCACGGCGUCGAAUCAGCUCGCCCGAAGACAACCUCCGAAUCAAAAUCAACAAUUAGUGAGCCGCAACCGUGGAUAUGAACAAUCGCCAACGUCUGUGUCCGAGUCUGGCAAUAACACGGGAGAAUCCGGUGGAUGGGGAGAGAGUCUGGACGAGCUGUACCAGCGGGCUUUGGUUGCGAAGAGAGAUGCGCAGGCUAAGAGAAAGCAGAUUCCUCCGUUUGUGCAGAAAUUGAGCAGUUUUCUAGACGAGUCCAAGAAUACCGAGUUGAUUCGAUGGUCUGACGAUGGGAAUUCCUUCAUCGUGAUGGACGAGGAUGAAUUUGCCAAGACAUUGAUCCCAGAGCUUUUCAAGCACAACAACUACGCCUCUUUCGUUCGCCAACUGAACAUGUACGGGUUCCAUAAAAAGGUCGGACUUUCGGACAACUCGAUGCGCGCCAGCGAGCGCAAAAAUAAGAGCCCCAGCGAAUACGCAAACCCAUACUUUAAACGCGGGCAUCCCGACCUGCUGUGGCUGAUCCAAAAGCCUAAAAACGCAGCAGGACAGGGACCCAAGGCAGGAAAAGGCACCGUACGUGUUAAGACCGAGGAGCCUGAUGACAAUGAGAAUGAGGACUACGAGGAAGGUGCUGGACUACCGCGAGACGACCGAGCGCGAAACCGGCAGUUGUCGUUGAUCACAGGGGGAGAAUCGAUGCCGAAGGACCAAUUCGCUGGGGUGUAUCGAGAGUUGCAGGCUAUCCGCCAGCAACAGCAAGUGAUCUCCAACACGAUAACUAAACUGCGGAGAGAGCACGAGCAGCUUUACGCACAGGCGGCCAACUUCCAAGAACAGCAUACGCGCCAUGAGAACUCCAUAAACGCAAUCCUCACCUUCUUGGCGACCGUUUACAACCGUAGUCUUCAAGGAGGGGAGGGACCGCAGAACAUCGCCAAUUCCUUCGCCGGGGCUAUCUCGCAAGAUCAUCAAGGCAAUGUUGUCGACGUGGGUGACAACUACUCAUUAAGCGCGCUUGGUGCUUCCAACGUGGGGAGCCCCGGCGGGCAACGAUCGAUGAAGAAACAGCCUUUACUUUUGAAAGCUCCCCCGGCGUCAGAAGCACAAAGUCGCGCGGCAACCCUUUCCCCUUCCGUGGCUAGCUAUGACCGCCCACAGCCGCGAGGUCAUCUCCGUCAACCGAGUUCUCAGCAUGGCCACGUCGAGGAGGUCUUCGACAACAGCCCCCGACAGGAGGAACCGCAACCGCCGCAACCGCAGCCGUCCCCGACGGCGCAGAACCAGCAAUAUCCCCAGCGAGACAUCAUGUCUGUCAUCCAAAAUACCAAUGCGCGGAACGGAAUUCCGACUAAUUUCUCUGACUUCCCCAACAUGCUGUCGUCGCUCGAGAACUCGGGCGGCAAUGUUCCUCUUACUCCCAACCAGCGCGCCGACAUGCUUCGGUUGAUGGCCAACGAGUCGAACACCGGCAAUUCAAAUGUGCCUGUGCCCCAUAAUAACGCCUUGAUGACACCCACCCCGCCUCCCAUGCCCCAUAACUACUCGAAUCGCCUUGCCAGCACUCGCGCCGAGAUUGACAACCUGGUCAAGAUGCAAGCGGAGCAAGACCGGUCGGUGCAGAACCUGACCAACUUGCUACAGCCACUCAGUCCAACGGGGGCCAUUCCCGGGAUCGGGGCCGAUGGAAGCGUUGCCCCUCCCCCACUGGACCUGGACACGAUAUUCAAUAACGACUAUUUCACCGACGUCGCCGACCUUGAACAUAACAAGAACAACCUAGACUUCGCCAACCAGUCCACCUCGAUGCCAGCUCCCGCAGAGCCACCUACCACAACCGCCACCGACGACAAUGCCAUCAAAGACGGUAGCGACCUGUUUGACUUCGACCACAUUCCCGGAGACGGAGACCUCUUCGACGGACACAACCAGCAGCCGCAAAACCCCGGCUACUACAACGGAUUCGGCGGCAGCGGCUACGGCGGCAACGCCGGCGGCGUUGGGCCUGACCCGCAUCUCGGUGUCGGCAACGAUUCCGGCAGAGUCGUCGAGACACUGACCGAUAGCGAGGCCACCAGCCCUGCCAACACCGUCGACGACCCUGCACAGUACGCCGGGGCGCUUGGAAAUGGCGAUGGCAACGGUGGAAGCACCAAGCGACGCAAGAAGGCCUGA